GUUUGUUGACGAGAGCCUUUCAAUCACUACAUUUUGAAGUUCACUGUCGAUUAUUUCUCAAUAUGGAUGCAGUGAUGCGUGAUUUGCAUGCAGCAGCAAAGCUGAGAGCUCACAAAGAUGCCGAUUGUUUCGUUUGCGUGCUUGUCAGUCGAGGGAACCAGGAACAUAUAUUCUGCACAGACCAUAUCACUCCAGGAUUUCAACUGGAAAGGCUGAAGGAUUUCUUUACUGGUGAGAAGUGUCCCGAUCUCCUAGGAAAACCAAAGCUCUUUUUUAUUCAAAACUAUGUUGAGCCCCAAAACUGGCAAGGAAAUGCCAGCCUGACAGAGGCAGAUGGAAAUCUUGGCACAAUCCCACAAGUAGCAGACAUUUUCUGGAGCCACUGCAGAUUGGAUGCCUCUGUAUUGGAAAGAUCCCCAUGCUCAUCAUCCUAUUAUCUUUCCACUUUGGCUGGCCUUCUGAUGGAUCCUCAGAAGAGGAAGUUGCCUCUGCUGGAUAUUUUUGUAGAGCUGAACAGCAGAAUUUAUGAAUGGAAUAGGAUUAAUUCUACAGAACAGUACUCACUCUUAUUAAAGCACACCCUGAGGAAAAAACUCUUCCUGAUUGACAAGUGAAGGCCUUUGUGAAACCUUUCGGAGAUUUAUCAGUUUCUCCUGGAGUCAAGUAGACCACAAGUAAUAGCAUUCAGACAUAUUUUGUACCAUUAAACAAAUAAUUCUGGCUUCACAGAAUUGCUGAUUUGGACAAGAAGUAGUGGGAACAAGCAGCUAUUCUUACAAUGUAUUACUUAAGGUCUUAAUGCACACCACAGAUUUCACUGGAUCUGUGCCUUAUUUACAUAACUUGGCAUGAUCUUUCUCAGAACUCAGACCUCAAGAGAAUUAUAUUACCUUCUGACUUGCUUAUGAAUAUAAGUUCAAACAAAAUCCAAGGUGGAUUAUAUAUGAGACAACAUAAUUGUCUCAGCAUGCGAGUAUAAUCAAAAGUAAUAGCUAAUACUAUGAGUAAAGAAGUAUCAGUGCUUAGUUUAAAGAAUCUUCUUGUAGAAAUGGCAUUGAAAAAGGUUAGAAAUUAGGGAAGCUUCUGAGUGCUGCCAGUGGUCUUUCUUAAUCUCAGCCCUCCAGUGUGCAAUUUUUAGUGUUAUCCUAUCUAUAAAAGCACAUCAAAUGGUCUGAGAAUAAGGGAAGCUGUGGUUCAAUGUAGCUAUGUGAUUAUUUUGUGGUUCACUCAGCAAUGGCUAUAGAACGACUAGAAUAGCGAGAUCCACUAGCACCAAGAAAUGCAGAAAUAAUAGGGGAACGGAAGCUUGUUUCCAGCCUAGUCUCAAGAACAACCAGUAGAACUUGUUGACGUAGGGAUGAUACUAUUCUUAACAAGGGGGUUGCAUUAUUAACAAGCGGGUUGUAUUCUUAAGGAGGGGAUUGCCAUUGAACUUAAGCAAAUACUAGUAAUUUUUGCCUAAAAUAUAAAUAUGUAUUUCACCUGAAUAUCUCGAGACGCGUAUUGUGCAUUUUGUAUUUUAAAAAUGGUUACAAUUACUUUG